UUUUCUGCUAAAUCGUAGCGAAAAGAAAAUUAAUAAAAUCAAUGUAACAAUUUAGGGGUUUUGAAUCUAGAAUUUGUUCGCUUGUUCUCUUAUGAUAAAGAUACGUCACGAUCUCAUCAAACACUCAAAGUGCACGACACGAUGAUAGUACACAGCAAAUAAAAACCCACAUUACCCCUUUGACUCUCCAUCUCUCUCUGUCUCUCAAUCUCUCCUGCUUCACUGGAACAACUGGUGUCAAAGGAGAAACGAGCCCCAGAGGACCAUUGGUAAUAAAUUUAAUAUAUCAAAUAAAAAUUGUUAUUAUUCCCUCUCAUCAAUUUGACAACCUCCCUCUGCUUUUGGCGGCACAACUCUUCUGUCUUUCCAGUUUCUUGGAACCGCAAUGGGGGCUUACAGCAACGACGGCGUUUUGUUGUCUCCGAUAUACAGUUUGAGUUCCGGCCAAGACCUCCGUUCCUCCAAGCACGUCUACGACAAUGUCCACGGCAACAUUUACCUCGAUCCGCUUUCUUUGAAGUUUAUUGAUACUGAGGAGUUUCAGAGGCUUAGAGACCUGAAACAACUCGGAGUGACAAACUCAGUUUUUCCUGGGGCUGUGCAUUCCAGGUUUGAGCAUUCGCUUGGUGUCUAUUGGCUUGCUGGUGAAGCUGUUCAGAGGCUCAAAAAUUAUCAGGGUCUCGAACUUGAUAUUGACCGCUUUGAUCUCCAGACAGUAAAAAUUGCAGGUCUAUUGCAUGAUGUUGGCCAUGGGCCUUUCAGUCACUUGUUUGAACGGGAGUUUCUUCCACGGGUUGAGAGUGGUUCCCAUUGGUCUCAUGAGGAUAUGUCAGUUAAGAUGAUUGACCACAUUGUUAAUCAGCAUCAUAUUGAUAUUGACCCUGAGAUGAUUAAAAGAGUUAAGGAGAUGAUACUUGCUUCUGAAAAUGCCAAUGCAAAAAGCUCCAGGGAGAAGCCUUUUCUGUAUGAAAUUGUGGCAAAUGGCCGUAAUGGUAUUGAUGUGGACAAGUUUGAUUAUAUUGUCCGUGACAGCCGAGCUUGUGGGCUGGGAUGUAAUUUUGAGUUUCGAAGAUUAAUGGAAACAAUGCGGGUUUUGGAUGAUGAGAUCUGCUACCGUGCUAAAGACUAUCUCACCGUCCACAAAUUAUUUGUCACUCGGGCGGAUUUGUAUCGAACAGUUUAUACACAUCCAAAAGUAAAGGCCAUAGAGCUUAUGGUGGUGGAUGCCCUGGUGAAAGCAAAUGAUUAUCUACAAAUAUCAUCUCACAUUGAGGAUCCAGCUGAAUAUUGGAAGUUAGAUGACUCAAUAAUCAGAACUAUUGAGACAGCUCCGAAUGAAGAGCUAAAGGAGGCUAGGGACUUAAUCCUGCGCAUUAGGAGGAGAAAUCUCUAUCAGUUCUGCAAUGAGUAUGCUGUACCCAAGGAGCAAGUGGAACAUUUCAAAAACGUCACUGCUCAAGAUAUUGUUUGUUCUCAGACAAAUGGAGGUGUUAUAUUGAAAGAGGAGGAUGUUGCUGUUACCAACAUCAGGAUUGAUUUGACUCGCGGAAGUCAAAAUCCCCUUCAAAGCAUCAACUUUUUCCAGGACUAUGAGAGUAAGGAGAAAUUCCCAAUACGUGAUGAUCGCAUUAGUCACUUGCUGCCUACAUCGUAUCAAGAUUUGAUAGUGAGGGUCUAUUCAAAAAAGCCUGAGCUGGUUGGGCCAAUCUCUGAGGCUUUCGAAAAUUUCCAGGUAAAAACAUAUGGGGUCAAGGCACAAGUACAUCCCACACCAGAGAAAAAGAAACGCCCUCGUGGUUUCUAACCAUAGACGCAUCGUCAGUAGGAUGGUAUUUCUGUUCUUACAACUUAUCAAGUCGGAAUCAUGACAAACAUUUCUCGACCAGAUUAGAUAUAUAUAUCUAUAUUUUGUAUAGGUGAUGACCAGUCCCCAACUUGGAAUAUGGGAUUAUACCCCAAAGGCGCAGGUGUUUUUUGGUUACAAGGCGCAAUUUUGUAAACUUAUUUGUGUGCCACAAUAUAGUAGUGAAACUUGUUUAUAUGCCACAGUAUAGUAAUGAAACGGCUUUUGGUCCCUGUUAUUGGGGAUUUGGAUC